UUCAUAAACCCUUUGGCCCUCACAGGUCAUUGGAGGAAAUACUAAAAGGGAAAGGAACAGGAGUACACAAUAAUUGAAAUGUCUUGAUAGACACAGUUCACUACAUAGGACACAAAUAAAAUGGAAAAUCUAGUGGAAGAGACCUAACUUGUGAUCCAGAAAUGGAACCAAAGAGGAAUAGGUCUUAUUCCUUGCAACAACUUCUUGAAGCUUUAUUGAUAAUCCUAGCUCUCAGCUCCCAGUUUAGAGUUGCUGCUAUGCAAGCAAGUUCUGAAAAUGUGCAAUGCAGUGGUUCUAUGGUAGAACUUGGUGGUCAGAUGGCAGAGGGGGGAUUAUCAAUGGAAUCAGAGACAAGUCGAAGAACUGUUCGGGCUAUCAAAUUUAUUACUCCUGGAGCUUUGAGGCCUGAUGCACCAUUCUGUGCCAAGGUUACAAGAGGUGAACCCUAUAGUAGUAAUUGCCUACCUCCACCGUCAAACUCCUACAACAGAGGGUGCAAUAACUACUACAGGUGCAGGUCAUGAUUAGUAUUGUUUGGUCUGUAUAAUGUGAUUGUGUGGAGGGUAAAUUCCUCUUCCGGAACUUUCUUUUUACAAUAAUUUCCCGUCAUUAAGGGUCUGUUUUUAUGUUCUUAAGCUUUGCAAUCACAAGAAAAACUAUUAGCGGAAUUGGAUUUGUAGACACUAAACAACUGUUGAAAUCAAAUACAUCAACUUUUGCCA